GCAACUAACACUCAUCAGCUUCAUUUGCAGAAAGCCAAAGAGCAAAAUCGGGAGAGAAAUGGGUUCAACGUUGUUGCCCUUCUCGCCCCUCUCUGCCACUUUAAGCCCCUCCAAAGCACGAGUCACCUCAUCCCCUCAUAUCCUUAACUUUCCAUCUUUAAAACCUGAGCGACUGCUGCAACUACAACCUCACAGGACUUACAUUCCUCCUCAUGUCUACUGUCACCCGGCUGCUAUCCUUCUUGAAAUGUGCUCAGACAUGAGAGAACUAAACCAAAUCCUCCCUCUUGUAAUAAAAAACGGUCUCUACAACGAACACUUGUUCCAAACUAAGCUAGUCAGUUUGUUCUCCAAGUUUGGUAAUUUAGCGGCUGCGGCCACCGUUUUUGAUCCAAUUGAAGGCAAAGUUGAGGCCUUAUAUCACACCCUUCUCAAGGGUCACGCUACACAUUCGUCUAUUGAUGAGACUAUAGCGUUCUUUAGCAGAAUGAAGCACGAUGAAGUGCAACAUGUUGUUUACAAUUUUACUUAUUUGUUGAAGACUUGUGGGGAUAAUUCAGACCUUAAAAGGGGGAAGGAGAUUCAUGCUCAGUUGGUCUGUAAUGGGUUUGGGUCUAAUGUCUUCGCAAUGACGGGGGUUGUUAAUAUGUAUGGGAAGUGUCGUCAAGUCAACGAAGCAAGGAAGAUGUUUGAUAGAAUGGUUCAGAGAGAUUUGGUUGCUUGGAAUGCGAUUAUUGCUGGGUAUUCUCAAAAUGGUUUGGCGAGGAGAGCAUUGGAGUUGGUUGUAACAAUGCAAGAGGAAGGCCAGCGACCUGAUUCCAUUACAAUUGUCACCGUUUUGCCUUCAUGUGGAGAUGUUGGGUCUUCUAGGAUUGGCAAGUCAAUUCACGGUUUUGUAAUCAGGGCUGGGUUUGCGUCAUUGGUGAAUGUUUCGACUGCUCUUGUGGAUAUGUACUCGAAAUGUGGAUUGGUGCAGACUGCUCGAUCGGUUUUUGAUAGGAUGCGUAAUAGGACUCUUGUUUCAUGGAAUUCAAUGAUUGAUGGCUAUGUCCAAAGUGGACAUUCUGAGGAAGCCAUGGCCGUUUUGCAGAAAAUGCUGGAUGAAGGGUUGAAACCCACCGACGUUACAAUUAUGGCAGCCCUGCAUGCCUGCGCUGAUUUGGGUGAUCUUGAAAGGGGAAGUUACAUCCAUGAAUUACUGAACAAAAUUGGACUUGGAUCUGAUGUUUCAGUCACGAACUCUCUGAUUUCCAUGUAUUCGAAGUGUAAGAGAAUAGAUAUUGCUGCCGAAAUAUUUGAAAAUUUGCUGGAAAAGACUCUAGUUUCAUGGAAUGCCAUGAUAUCGGGUUAUUCACAAAAUGGACGUGUAAAUGAGGCUCUCAAUUACUUCUGUAAGAUGCAACGGGAGAAGAUAAAACCAGACUCAUUCUCUAUGGUGAGCAUCAUUCCUGCUCUUGCAGAUUUAUCUAUCUUACGGCAGGCAAAGUGGAUCCAUGGACUUGCCAUUAGAUAUUGCUUGGAAAGGAAUGUAUUUGUGAUGACUGCCCUGGUGGAUAUGUAUGCAAAAUGUGGCGGUAUUCCCACUGCACGCAAACUCUUUGACAUGAUGCAUGAGCGGCAUGUGACGACUUGGAAUGCCAUGAUAGAUGGAUAUGGAACACAUGGACUUGGGAAAGCUGCUGUUGAACUGUUCGAGGUGAUGUGUAGGGGGGUUAUCAAGCCCAAUGAUGUAACCUUUCUAUGUGUGCUUUCAGCUUGCAGCCAUGCUGGCUUGGUGGAAGAUGGGUGUCGAUACUUCACCAUGAUGAAGAGUGAUUAUGGCAUAGAGCCUGUGAUGGAUCAUUACGGAGCUAUGGUGGACCUUCUUGGACGUGCUGGCAAGCUUGAUGAAGCUUGGGACUUCAUCCAAAAGAUGCCUAUUGAACCAGGAAUUAGUGUGUUAGGGGCCAUGUUGGGUGCUUGCAGGAUUCACAAAAAUGUUGAGUUGGGAGAAAAGGCAGCAGAAAGACUGUUUGAUCUAGGCCCAGAAGAAGGUGGCUACCAUGUGCUCUUGUCUAACAUAUAUGCCAAUGCUUCAAUGUGGGAUAAUGUAGCCAAGGUGAGGACAAUGAUGGAGAAGAAAGGGCUUCAAAAGACCCCUGGUUGCAGUUUGGUUGAGUUGAGAAAUGAAGUCCACACAUUCUACUCUGGCACCACAGACCAUCCACAAUCCAAAAGGAUAUAUACAGCACUCGAAGCGCUGGUAGAUGAUAUCAAAGCUGCAGGUUAUGUACCUGUAACAAAUUCAAUACAUGAUGUUGAAGAUGAUGUAAAGGAACAGUUACUCAACAGCCAUAGUGAAAAGUUGGCCAUUGCAUUUGCACUCAUAAAUACAAACUCAGGUACCACCAUCCACAUCCGAAAGAACCUCCGUGUUUGUGGUGAUUGCCAUGAGGCAACCAAAUACAUCUCACUUGUGACUGGGCGAGAGAUCAUAGUGAGGGACAUGCACCGGUUCCACCAUUUCAAGAAUGGAACCUGCUCCUGUGCUGAUUAUUGGUGAAGUUUCCUCUGAAUCAGAGAGGUGUGGCCCACUGUUAUAGAUGUCAGAAACUGGCUCCCCUGUUUCCGUUUACAUGAUGCGUCUGCAUAAGAUGUAUUUUUCGGGAAUCUAAGUGAUAUCAGAUAUAAUUGGAUGAUCAUACCAGAGUUUUUCAGAGUUGAAGGCUAGAGUACCAAGAGUGUACAGGCGGCUCACACUUCAGAAGUCCAUCUAGCAAAUGUUGUACCAAGAAAUGUAUUUCCAGGUUAUUAUUGUAAGAGCUCAUCUCUUCUGCAUGUAUAAAUAUUUUUGCUGAUUGACCAGCUAUAGAGUGUCAUCUCAUCAUAUCCUGUUUAUUUGUU